AUAAAGAAAUGGCUAUUAUAUUAGAAUUAUUAUUAUUAAUUUGUUAUUUAUAAAAAAAAUACAAAUACAUUUCUUGGUCUUGAUGAUGUUAUAGUAGUUGUUGUAGUAUUUGGGUUUUGCACUUUCUUUGUUUUCCUUCCCUCUUUUCUUCUCAUAGAAAAAAAGGAACCAUUUCUUUCCCUGGUUUUUCUUGAUUUUCUGUUUGGUUUUCUUCAAUUUUUCUUUUUAAGAAAAACUAUAUAUUGCAUCGGUUAUGAGGAUCAGAAAAAGGCAAGCUCAGCUACCUUUCUCUUCGAUUUCACCACCACCUCUUUCAUCAGAUCCCAACUUUAACCGGUCUCCGGUGGUGCAACAUCCGCCGCUGAGGAAGCCUCCUCCACCGGCUGAUCAUCCAAAUCACCCGAUCCGAAGGCAGAAACCGACCCAAGGCCGUGAUUCAUCAGCUUUCCCCGAAACAACAACAUCACAUGGUGGAGAAGAGCUAAAGAAGAAAGAAGAUUACUUGGUUUUGAAGCAAGAAGGAGAGGAGGAAAGGGGAGAAAAUGGAGAGAAGAGUAAUUAUACUGCCAGGAAAAAGAAUGAUUUUGAUGAAGAACUAGGAACUGGGUCUCUAUCCCUUCAAGGUGUUGGGAAGUGGUGUGAAGGGGAGAAGGCAUUUCCAUUGAAGAAAAGAAGAGGGAGCUUCGAAAGAAUAAUGCAGAAAAAGGAUGAUAUUAUCAAUGACCAUAAUUAUAAUAGUGGGAAGAAGAAAGGUCGAAACGGUGCGCUAAUGGAAGGUUCAAGGUGCAGUCGUGUUAAUGGAAGGGGAUGGCGAUGUUGUCAACAAACGCUCGUUGGUUACUCUCUUUGUGAACAUCAUUUAGGCAAAGGGAGGCUUAGGAGUAUUACAAGUGUUCGAAGCCGAUCGUUGGGUAGCAAUAAUAAUAAUAAUGCAGGAAAGAAGGAAGAGCAGCCGCCAUUAUCGAAACAAGAAGAGAAGCCAUUGAUGACGACGACGAUAAAGAAGAGAGUGAAGCUGGGGAUGGUUAAAGCUCGAUCGAUAAGCAGUUUGCUAGGCCAAAACGACAAUGUAAUUGCCGUAACAGAUGAUAAUAAUAUUAAUAAUUAAAAACCAAUCAUGAAAACUCACUGUUUCCAGACUUUAUUUAUUUAUGUUAUUAUAUUUAUGAAUGAAUGAUGAUGGGGUUAACUGUAA